CCGCCCCCGCCGCCCCUCCAGCCGCAGCCGCCGCCGCCGGCUCUGGGCCCGGGAUGUCGGCGCUGUGUGAUCCCGCCGGGCCCCCGGCCCCACCCGCGCCCACCGCCCACGGGCCCGCGUCCCCGCUCAGUGCCCAGGAGCUGGCUCAGGAAAUCAAGGCCUUUCUAACAGGUGUUGACCCUGUCCUAGGCCAUCAGCUCUCUGCCCGUGACCAUGCCCGCUGUGGCCUCCUGCUGCUACGCUCCUUGCCCCCUGCCCGAGCAGCCGUCCUUGACCACCUGAGGAGUGUCUUUGACGAGAGCGUCCGGGCUCACUUGACUAUGCUGGAUGAAGGGGCUGCCACGAGCCCACAGCAUCUCCGCCCGACACUUCCUUCCCACGUUCCUUCUGGGGGCCCUGGCCUAGAAGAUGUCAUUCAGGAGGUGCAGCAAGUGCUCUCUGAGUUCAUCCGGGCCAAUCCCAAGGCCUGGGCCCCUGUGGUUAGUGCCUGGUCUAUUGACCUGAUGGGGCAGCUGAGCAGCAAGUACUCUGGCCGCCACCAGCGGGUGCCACAUGCUGCAGGCUCCCUAAAUGAGCUGCUGCAGCUGUGGAUGGGGUGCCGAGCUACUCGAACCUUGAUGGACAUUUAUGUGCAGUGCCUGUCUGCCCUCAUUGGCAGUUGUCCUGAUGCCUGUGUGGAUGCCCUCCUGGACACAUCUGUCCAGCAUUCUCCACAUUUCGACUGGGUUGUGGCCCACAUUGGCUCCUCCUUUCCUGGCACCAUCAUCUCUCGUGUCCUGUCCUGUGGACUCAAGGAUUUCUGUGUCCAUGGCGGGGCUGGCGGAGGCAGUGGGGCAGCUGGCAGUGCUCCCCCGACCCCUUCAGCAGACACCUUCCCCUCCAGCCCAGCUGUCCCCGGAGAGAAGCGAGUGCCUAAGAUUGCGUCUGUUGUGGGGAUCCUAGGGCACCUGGCCUCUCGCCAUGGGGACAGCAUCCGCCGCGAGCUCCUCCGAAUGUUCCAUGAGAGCUUGGCUGGGGGGCGUGGGGGUGACCCCUCCCUUCAGGCCACGGUGCCCUUUCUGCUACAGCUGGCAGUCAUGUCGCCGGCCCUACUGGGCACCGUCUCUGGGGAGCUGGUCGACUGCUUGAAGCCCCCAUCGGUCCUGAGCCAGCUGCAGCAGCACCUGCAGGUCUUCAGUAGGGAGGAGCUGGACAACAUGCUGAGCCUGGCUGUGCACCUCGUCAGCCAGGCCUCUGGGGCCGGGGCUUACCGGCUCCUCCAGUUCCUGGUGGACACAGCCAUGCCUGCUUCUGUCAUCACAACACCCGGCCUGGCCGUCCCUGACGCAGUCCGAGAGGCCUGUGAUCGGCUCAUCCAGCUGCUGCUGCUGCACUUGCAGAAGCUGGUGCACAAUCGGGGAGGAUCCCCUGGGGACGGGCUGCUGGGUCCUCCUCCCCCGCCCCGUGCCGUGCCCUUCCUCGAUGCCCUGCGCAGCCAUGUCGGGGAGCUGUGCGGGGAGACCCUGAGGCUGGAGCGGAAGCGAUUCCUUUGGCAGCACCAGCUCCUGGGCCUGCUCUCUGUCUAUUCCCGGCCCAGCUGUGGACCGGAGGCCUUGGGCCAUCUCUUGAGCCGGGCCCGGACCCCAGAAGAGCUGAGCCUGGCCACACAGCUCUAUGCCGGGCUGGCCGUCAGUCUCUCCGGCCUGCUGCCCUUGGCCUUGUGCAGUUGCCUGGCCCGAGUGCACGCGGGGACACUGCUCCCCCCGUUCACAGCCAGGCUUCUCCGGAACCUGGCCCUGCUGGUGGGCUGGGAGCAGCAGGGUGGAGAGGGUCCUGCCACCCUGGGGGCCCGGGUAGGCGAGGCUGUCUCCGGCCAGCUCCCAGAUCUGGCCCCCCUGCUACUGCACCCCGAAGAAGAGGUGGCCGAGGCUGCUUCCUCCCUGCUGGCCAUCUGCCCCUUUCCUCAGGGGGCCCUGCUUCCGGCCCAGCUCCUGAGUCUGGUGAGGGCAGGGGUCUCCCGAUUCUUUGCCUCCCUCAGGCUUCAUGGCCCUCCCGGCGUCUCUUCGGCUUCUCGGCUGCUCGCUAGGCUCUCUCAGGCCUCCCCUGCUGGCCUCAAAGCCGUCCUCCAGCUCCUGGUGGAGGGAGCUUUGCACCGAGGCAAUGCCGAGCUUUUCGGGGGUGAAGGAGAAGGGGCAAAUGAGAGUCCGAUGGCCGCCUCUGGCGCGGCCUCCCCUUACCUGCUGGAGACCAACCGGCGCCACACCACGGCCGUGCCGGGCCCCGGCGGCGUGUGGUCAGUGUUUCACGCCGGGGUCAUCGGCCGGGGCCUGAAGCCGCCUCGGUCGGCGCAGAACCGGAGUGAGCAGGAAGUGAUCUACAACACGCAGAGCCUCCUGUGCCUGCUGGUGCACUGCUGCAGCGGGGCUGGGGGGCCCGGGGCCGGGGCCGGGGGGAGCGACGGCUGGGGCGCACCCGCGCUGAGCCCCGAGGCUGCCAAGGCGGUGGCCGUGACCCUGGUGGAGAGCGUGUGCCCAGACGCGGCGGGGGCCGAGCUGGCCUGGCCUCCCGAGGACCACGCCCGGACCACGGUGGAGCGCGACCUGCGCAUCGGCCGUCGCUUCCGGGAGCAUCCGCUGCUCUUCGAGCUUCUGCGGCUGGUGGCCGCGGCGCCCCCCGCCCUGUGCUACUGCUCGGUGCUGCUACGGGGGCUGCUGGCCGCCCUCCUGGGGCACUGGGAGGCCUCGCGCCACCUGGACACCUCCAAGUCCCCCUGGCAGCUAGAGGCCUCCUGCACCCUGGUGGCCGUCAUGGCCGAGGGGAGCCUGCUGCCCCCGACCCUGGGCAACAUGCACGAGGUGUUUGACAAGCUGGCACCUUUCGAGGUGCGGCUGCUGCUGCUCAGCGUCUGGGGCUUCCUGCGCGAGCACGGCCCCCUGCCCCAGAAGUUCGCCUUCCAGCCCGAGAGAGGCCGCUUCGCCCGGGACUUCUCCAGGGAGGGGGGCGGCCCCCACCUGGCCGUCCUGCACAGCGUCCUGCACCGGAACAUUGACCGCCUGGGGCUCUUCUCUGGCCGCUUCCAGGCCUGGCCCCCAGCCCCUCUGCGCCAGGGGACCUGAGCCGCCCCCGCCCCCCAACGCGACUUUGGGAGGGAGGGGCUGAGGUCUGCGCCAUCCCCACGACGCAUCCCCGCGCGCUCUGCCCUCUCCACCCCGUUCUUUCUUCCCCCCACUAAAUAAAGGUUGCCCAGUUUGCAAA